GCGGCGGCAGCGAAGGAGUUCGGAAGUUCAAAAUGGCCGCCGCGGCCGAGCCCGAGCAGCGACCGCCCGAGGUUGAGGAUGCUGAGGUGUCUGAGAAAAGUGUGAAUGAAGAAAAUGGGGAAGUGUCAGAGGCAGACCAACCUCAGAACAAGCACAGCCGACACAAAAAAAAGAAACACAAACACCGAAGCAAACACAAGAAACAUAAACAUUCUUCAGAAGAUGAUAAAGACAAAAAACAUAAACACAGACACAAACAUAAGAAACAUAAAUGGAAAGAGGUGGCUGAUGCCUCUGACAAAGAAGAUGGACCAGCUAAAAGAACUAAAAUUGAUUUUUUGGCUCCUCUGGAAGACUUGGAGAAACAAAGAGCAUUGCUGAAAGCUGAACUUGAAAACGAAUUAAUGGAAGGAAAAGUCCAGUCUGGGAUGGGAUUAAUAUUACAAGGUUAUGAGUCAGGAUCUGAGGAAGAGGGGGAGAUUAAUGAAAAAGCACGAAAUGGAGCACGACCUACAACCAAGUCAAAUACUAAGGGGAAAUUAGAACCUGUGGAAAAUAAAACCAGUUCCAAGAAAGCAAGUAAGAGUGAAUCAAAAGAAAGGACUAGGCACAGAUCUGACAAAAAGAAAGCCAAGGCAGGAGUUGAUGGAGUCAAAGAGAAGACUACUAGAAGCAAGUCAAAAGAAAGGAGGAAAUCCAAAAGUCCUUAUAAGAGAAGUAAGUCUCAAGAUCAGACAAGGAAAUCUAGGUCUCCAGUACUUAAGAGGAGAUCUCAGGAGAAAAACAGAAAGUCUAAGUCUCCUCCAGAGGAUAGAAAUAAAGCUGAUGACAAAAGUAAAUCAAGAGACCGCAGAAAGUCUCCGGUUGUAAAUGAAAGCAAAAGCAGAGAUCGUGGCAGAAAAUCUAAAUCUCCAGCAGAACUAAGAAGCAAAUCCAAAGAUAGAAGAUCACGAUCCAAAGAUAGAAAACCUAGGAGAUCAGAGACUGACAAAGAAAAAAAGCCAAUUAAAUCUCCUUCUAAAGAUGCCUCUUCAGGGAAAGAAAACAGGUCCCCCAGACGACCUGGCCGUAGCCCAAAAGGGAGAAGCUUAUCUCCCAAACAGAGAGAAAAGUCAAGGAGAAGCAGAUCCCCUCUCUUUAACGAUCGUAGAUCUAAACAGAGUAGAUCCCCCUCUCGAACCCGGUCUCCAGUUAGAAGAGUGAGGAGUAGAUCUGCAGAAAGAAAAAGAAGAGAAUCAGAAAGGAGGCGUCUUUCUUCUCCCAGAACACGUACCAGGGAUGACAUUUUGUCCAGGCGUGAAAGAUCAAAGGAUGUCAGCCCACCCAGCAGAUGGUCCCCAUCCAGAAGAAGGUCUCGGUCCCCCAUUCGGAGGAGAUCUCGAACACCCCUUCGACGUAGCCGAUCUCCCAGAAGGCGGAGUAGAUCUCCUCGGAGGAGGGAUAGAGGCCGGAGAAGUAGAUCUCGUCUUCGAAGGAGGUCCAGGUCACGUGGUGGCCAUAGGCGUAGGAGCAGAAGCAAAGUUAAAGAAGACAAAUUUAAAGGUAGUCUUUCUGAGGGCAUGAAAGCUGAACAGGAGUCUUCAUCAGACGAAAAUCUUGAAGACUUUGAUUUGGAAGAAGAGGAUGAAGAGGCAGAGAUAAGACAAAGGAGAUUACAGCGGCAAGCAAUUGUUCAGAAAUACAAAGGCCAGACAGAAGACAGUAACAUAUCUGUACCGUCUGAACCAAGCAGCCCUCAAAGCAGUACACGUAGUCGCUCAAAUUCUCCUGACGACAUCCUGGAAAGAGUUGCUGCUGAUGUUAAGGAGUAUGAACGGGAAAAUGUGGACACAUUUGAGGCAUCAGUGAAAGCCAAGCACAACCUCAUGACAGUUGAACAGAACAAUGGUUCAUCUCAGAAGAAGCUGCUAGCUCCAGAUAUGUUCACCGAAUCAGAUGAUAUGUUCGCUGCAUACUUUGAUAGCGCUCGUCUAAGGGCUGCUGGAUUUGGAAAAGACUUCAAAGAAAACCCCAAUCUCAGGGAUAACUGGACAGAUGCAGAAGGCUAUUACCGUGUUAAUAUAGGUGAAGUUCUAGAUAAACGUUACAAUGUCUAUGGUUACACUGGUCAGGGCGUCUUCAGCAACGUAGUGCGAGCCAGGGACAUGGCCAGAGCAAACCAAGAAGUAGCCGUGAAAAUCAUCAGGAACAAUGAACUUAUGCAAAAAACUGGCCUAAAAGAACUGGAAUUUUUAAAGAAGCUUAAUGAUGCUGAUCCUGAUGACAAGUUUCAUUGUCUACGGUUGUUCAGGCAUUUCUACCACAAACAACAUCUUUGUCUGGUAUUUGAGCCACUCAGUAUGAAUUUACGAGAGGUGUUGAAGAAAUAUGGGAAAGAUGUUGGACUCCACAUUAAAGCUGUGCGUUCCUACAGCCAGCAAUUGUUCCUGGCUUUAAAACUUCUUAAAAGAUGCAAUAUCCUACAUGCAGAUAUUAAACCAGAUAAUAUUUUGGUGAAUGAGUCUAAAACAAUACUAAAGCUUUGUGAUUUUGGCUCAGCUUCGCAUGUUGCAGAUAAUGACAUCACACCCUAUCUAGUUAGUAGAUUUUAUCGAGCUCCAGAAAUCAUUAUAGGAAAAAUCUAUGACUAUGGUAUAGAUAUGUGGUCUGUAGGCUGCACGUUAUAUGAGCUUUAUACAGGAAAAAUACUGUUUCCUGGCAAAACCAAUAAUCAUAUGUUGAAACUUGCCAUGGAUCUCAAAGGAAAGAUGCCAAACAAGAUGAUUCGAAAAGGUGUGUUCAAAGAUCAGCACUUUGAUCAAAAUCUCAACUUUAUGUAUAUAGAAGUAGAUAAAGUCACAGAAAGGGAGAAAGUUACUGUUAUGAGCACCAUUAAUCCAACCAAGGACCUAUUAGCAGACUUGAUUGGGUGCCAACGACUCCCUGAAGACCAGCGUAAAAAAGUGCACCAGCUUAAGGACUUGUUGGACCAGAUUCUAAUGCUAGACCCAGCUAAACGGAUUAGCAUCAACCAGGCUCUGCAGCACGCCUUCAUCCAGGAGAAAAUUUAAACCAGAUGAAGAAGUUCAAAGGGUUUGAUUAAUUAAGAUACAAAGACUGAAGAAAUUUCACAGCAGUUAUUAAUGUAUAUAAACAUAAAUAUUUCCCCUGCAAAGUUGAGGAAGAAAGGAUACAUUUGAAUUAACAUCAAGGCUGAUAUUUCUUUUAGAAAUGUUAGAGUAAUUCUGUUUUGUGUCUUAUGUGAAAAUUUUCACUGUAGAAUUGUUUUAAUUGCCAAGACUGCACAAAAGUACAAUGCUAAUGUAUAUGGUUGCAGUUCGUAUAUAUUAUAAAAAGAAAAAAGCAUCUGUUAUAAAAAAAAAAGAAAGAAAAAAAAAGAGAGCAGUAAUACUGGGUGGUUGAUUUGUUUUUAGCAGACUUGGCUUCAUUUUUGUCUUUACAAAAUGGCCAGCAUAAAUGCUGUUUAUAUUCACAUUUUCCUAGGUGUGUGUGUGCAGGCCACAGCAGCAUGCCCUUGGUGUAGUCAGUGCCGAAGGGGGUCUGUUCCUUCUUGAGCCUGCCCGCAGGGAUGGUCUCCUCUUUUAAAGCAGGUUGUGUACAACUUUCAGUACACUGAAGGCAUAAACCUUCCACUCUUGAACAAAGCAGCUGCUUUUUAAAAGCGAGAAAAAAGGAAAGCGAGUCACAGGCCACUCAACGCCUACUCCAUGGGUCUGAUUUGCUGAGACACCAACUUCACCUUCCUAACAAGGUGCAGCUCAAAAGAAGAUGAAGGCUACCAGAAGACAUGAACAAAGGGUAAGUGGCAUUAAACCUCUGAAGAGCCCUUAUGUGUAUAUUGACCCCCAUGCUGAAGGCAGACCAGACUGUGAUACUGCUGGAGAUAGAGGGAUCUUCUACAGCAUGUGUAAAAUUGUAAUGUGGGUGGAGGAUGUUGAGUACUGGCAAUUGCUUGAAAUUAAUAAA